AUGUAUGCCAAUCACGAGAAGGACAGUGCAACCAGCAUGAUGAAUGGGAGUUACGUUGACAGCAACGCAGGGCAUUUAGAAAACGCCUACAAACAUGAAAGCAGCAGUGGUGGGAAUCAUCUUAACAUGGCAGGAAAAGGAGACCCCUUCUUUGAGAAUGCAGAAAAUAACAAAGCCAUUGGGAUGAUAAGAAGUGCAUCGAACAGCUUAAUGAACAAGGGGGGCGGGCCCCCCGCGGAGAUGGGCAGUUCGAAUAUGAAUUAUAUGCCCCACGUGAAUGGGCAGAAUGGGAAGGGCGCCAUGGGUAGCGGCAUGGGCAGCGGUAUUGGCAGCGGUAUUGGCAGCGGCUUCAGCAGCGGCAUGAACAACCCCAGGAUGAACAGCGUGCCCCCGAAUCAAAUGAUGAAUUUCCCAAGCAUGUUUAUGGGGCCGAACAUGCUGCAACCGCAUGGGGCGAACGCGCUGCAAUCGCAUGGGGCGAACAUGCUACAACCACAUGGGGGUCAAAGUGGCAUGCAUACUAGCAUGAAUAGCAGCGGUGGGGGUGGAGGAGACCCCUUGGAUAAUAUGCAAAAUAUGCAAAGUGUGCAAAGUGUGCAAAGUAUGCAAAAUGUGAAGCAGCCAGCAGGAGGAAUGCUCAAACAUAAGCACAACCAGUUCAUGCCCCCCGGGCAGAACGCGGGAGAUAACAAAAUGACCAACUCACAGCCACAUAGCAGCACGAGCAGCAGCAGCAGUAGCGUGCCCCCAAAUAAUUUCAUGCCCAAUCAACUGCACCAGCAAUUUCAAAUUCAACAGCAAAUGCAUUUGCAGCAUUUAUUUCAUCAGAAAAAUAUCCACCCCUAUAAUAUGAUGCAGCCAAAUAACCCUUCCAAGUUUCCACCCCAACAAGGUGCCCAGAAACAGGCAAAUGCUUCUAUCCUGAAAAUGCCUCAGAUGUUAUCGAUGAAUUCCCCUGACCGGAGGAGCAACUCCAUUUCGCAGAAGAUGCCGAGGCAUGUAAUGAACCCCAUGGAUUCCUCCAGCAAUUCGCAAAGAAGUGCCAACACGUCGAGCAUGACCUCCAUGACCAACCCGUCGAGCCAUGUAAAUCCUAUGCCGUUGAAAUAUCCCUACAAGGGUAGCAGCACAUCACAGCAUAUGAGCAGCACCAGCAGCAGUAAAAACAAUAGCAGCAGCAACAACAAUAGCAGUGGCAACGGCGGGAACAUGCCCGCGCAGCAGCUGCAGCAACAGCACGGCUUGCCAAACCCGAUGGGCAGCGUGAACCACGCUGUGGGCCUCAGCAUGAGUCACAACUUGACCAACAAGCAGGGCGUGCAGCAGGGCGUGCAACAGAACGUGCAGCAGAAUGUGCAACCGAGCAUGCCGCCAAACAUGCCGCCGAACAUGCUGCCGGGGCCGCACCUCCUGCAGGCCAAGCAGAAUUCGCAGCAGUUGCUAAUGCAGUCGCCGGGUUCGUCCAACCAGUCGAACGUGCAGCCCCUCCUCGCCUCGUCCACCGCGCAGAAGGGGGUGCCCCAACUGUUUCAGCACCCGCCGAGCGCGCAACAGGGCAUGCAGCAGGGUAUGCAGCAAGGCGUGCAGCACCAACAGAACGCCCAGCAGCAGAUGGGCCCCACGACCAAAACGAUGAACACGACGAGCAUAUCCGGCUCGAUCAACAGGCAGCCCAGCCACGUGUCCUUCUCGCACGUUCCCCUGAGCCAGCAAAACAUGCCGCCAUUCAUGCAUGGCAACCCCAUGCACAUGUACCAGCAGCAGCCCCCGUUUUUCCCGAGGGCGUCUUCAACUCCGCAGCACAUGGGUCCCCAGCAGCUUUCUUACGAGUGGAUGCACAGCCCCUACAUGCAGCACCAGUACAUGCUUCAGCAGGGCAUGUUGACGCCUCAGCAGAUGUUCCUGCAGCAGCAGCAACAGCAGCAGAAGCAGCAGGGCAUGUUGCACCACGCGCAGCAGAGCGUGCCUCCACUGCACCUGCACGCGCAGAAGCAGGGCCUCUCGCCGAUGCAGCAGAGCAUGGCUUAUCAGCAUCAGCAGCAGCAUCACCAGCCGCAGCAACAAAUGCAAAUGCAGAAUGUGGCGAAUCUACCGCAACACAUGCAAAUGAUCCCACAGCAGCAUGCGAACAUGCCAUUCAAGCAAAAUGCAGCACAGCCAUUUCCCCCAAUGUUUAAGGAUAACAUCAUUCCAGGAAGUACCAAUUUCGAUUUUAUGGAAAACAUGAAUGACAUGCAGAGAAUGGGAUCCUCCUUAAAAUGUCACAUCCUAGACGUGAACACGAGCAAUAACAUCUCAUUGGAGGGAGCGAUUGAAGAGGACAUAUUUGACAGCAACUAUCACUGCGAUAUAUGUAACAAAGAUAUUACGCAUGCAAUAAGAAUAAGGUGCGCCGAGUGUGUAGAUUUCGACCUAUGUGUAAAUUGCUUCAGCAGUGGAAAGGAGAUGAAAUCCGAAAAAUGUGAGCAUUAUAACUAUCACAAUUAUAUACCCAUACCAAAAUAUGACUUCCCUUUGUAUAAAUUAAAUUGGAGUGCAGAAGAGGAGCUGCUACUGCUAGAUGGGAUAAGCAAAUAUGGGUUUGGAAAUUGGGAACAAGUAGCUGAUUUGGUAAAUUCCGCUGCGAAAAUUGCCAAGACGGAUAGAGAGUGUGAAAAACAUUACUACAAUUUUUACCUUAAAUCUAAUUGUGCCCCGCUGCCGGAUAAUAAAAGGUUAUUAAUAAAGCCGGAUGGAAAUCCAUACGAAAUUGAACAUGUUACAGAAAAGGAUCUAAACGAAAAUGAUGAUUAUGUGCAACCGAAAUCGAAGAAAAACAACAGGACGCAGAUUAUAGGCUACUGGCCACUAAGAGGAGACUUCGAUAUUGAAUAUGAUAACGACGCGGAGUUGUUGCUAGCUGAUAUGGAAUUUAAAGAAUCAGAUUUGCCUCAACAGAAGGAGCUAAAAUUGCAGGUGCUGGAGAUUUAUAACUCCAAAUUGGAUGAAAGGAUUUACAGAAAAAGGACCGUUAUUGAGAGGGGCCUCUUGGACACCAAGUCGCAAAUGCAGAGGGAUAAGAAGAGGACCAAGGAGGAAAAGGAAUUGUAUACUGCGCUGAAGCCGCUAUCCAGAUUUCACUCCCCGCAACACCACGAAUAUUUCAUUCAGCUGCUCCUGGAGGAGCAGAAGCUCCGCCAAAGGUUGACCAAACUGCAGGAGUGGAAAACGCUGGGGCUGCAGAACAUCGAGCAGGUGCAGGAGUACGAAAUUGAGAAGAACCGGCGGGCGAAAGAAGCAGUCAAGCAGCAGCAGCAGCAACAGCAACUGCAGCAGCUGCAACUGCAACUGCAGGAACAGCCAGAAAAGGUCGGCGCGAAAGCCCUCAAGAGCAACAAAAAGGAAUGCAGAAUUAAGCAAAAGGAGGAAGAAGACAUGGAGGAAAGCAAAAAAUUAAACAUCGAUACGUUUGUAGAACUGGACCUGUUGAACGAGAAGGAAGUGGAGUUUUGUAAAAAUAUGAAACUACCCAUUCUGUUCUUCCUACUCAUCAAGAGGCUACUCAUAAUGGAAAUUAGCAAUAGCAAUUUGAAUAUGCUCAAGGAUAUCAACGAGUUGAAGCUCAAGGGUUACAAGGUGGGCCAACUCUACGACUUCUUCCUCAGCUUCGACAUUAACCAGAAAGAGGAACUCCUAAACACCAACGGAAAUGGCAACCUUAAAAAUUCCUACAUAAGGAAGAACGAAGAUAAGAGACGGAAGCUCAGGACGAAUUAUGACUACAACAGUUUUAGUCGAUCGGAGAAGGUGGAGGUGGACGACCCGAACGAUAACGGAGGCAAUGCCGGUGGCGCUCCCAGCAACGCGGGGAACAACUACGCCGGGGGAAACUACCAGGGGGGCGGCUAUCCGGGGGGUGCCUAUCCGGGGGGUGCCUAUCAGGGGAGCGCCUAUCAGGGUAGCGGCUAUGCGGGAGGACCAACCGGGGGGGCAGUCUGCGGCCCGAGUGGCAUCACCAAUGCAGCCACAGGUGCCGCCCCCAGUACCACUGCAAAUGGUAGUGGCACCCCAACGGUGAGAGCCGAAAUGCCCAGUGAAAGCGCGGGGAACGCCCUGCAGACGAACGAGGAAAGUGCGACCAUCCCGAAUGAACCGAACUUAAACGGUGACCCACUGAACGAUAAGGACCUACCGACGAGCAUCCAAUCUGUGGGAAAAACUGACGAGAAGGAAAACCUAGGAGACCCCACCGAUAAAGAAAAAACGACGAGUAGCGCUCCUGUAAGUGCCCCCGAUGGAGCAACUUCUACCAUGAAGGACAAAAAAUCCAGAGAGAGAAAAGUGAAGAAAGAAAAAGACGAGAAAACGACACAGCAGUUGGCAACUCCCAAAGAAUCCGAAGGGGUGAGUAGCCCCACUAAGGAAGUGAGUCCAAGGAGCCCAGAAAAUUUAACCGCUAGUCAAAAGAAAAAAGCCAACGUGAAGAAGAAAGGAAGUACUAGUGCAGCCACAACCCUGGAGGGGGAAAAAACGGAGAACGCGCAAAGUUUGGGAGGCCUCGAGGGGGCAGCGGCAGAAGAAGGGGGCGCCAAUGAGGAGGAAAAGCAGACCAAGGAAGUUUCGCACGACAAGAAGGAAGCAGAAAACAAAACGAAUGAGUCCAAGCGUAGCGAGGUAGAAGCGCCCCCCAGCGCUGCAACACCCAGCGCUGCGACACCCGGGGGAGAAAAACCCACCGAUGUGAAUGCGCCCAGCCCGUACGACGAAGAAGACAAAGAGGUGGAGGAGGACUAUGGAGACCUGGACGACGAUGGAGAUGACAGAGAAACAAACGCCGACGUAGACGCAGAUGAAAAUGAAAAAAAAAGUAAAAAGAAAAGCUCAAAACAGAAAACAGAAAUUAAGGAAGAAAGCUCAGAUUUAGUCAGCACAAUGACAAUGAAGACAAGCAUAGGGGAUAGCAAUUCUACAAAUGAAAUUUUAAAAACUUCAAAUAAUUCGAGGAGAAAAUCGGUGGAUAAAACGAAGGAAACUCCAUCACAAGUUAAAAGUACCAGCCAAGGUAAGAAAAAAACGGGGGAGGCAAAUAUAACUGAAGAGAAGGAAAUGAGCAGUAGUGGCACAUUUAAUAAUGCAGACCAUUCGUCGGGCAAGCUGAAAAAAGGCACUCCAAAGAACGAGGACAGUCUUAGCAGUGAAAUUUUUGAAAACACGUCAAAAAAGCGAAGUAACAGCAAGUCCAAGAAAAGUAGUGACUACGAUUUGAGUAGAAAUGACUCCAGAGUGAGCAGCCAUUUAGAUCUGGAAAAUGAAAACAGUUGUUGUGUGGAACCAUUUGAUUCAAGCUUAGAAUUGGAUGGAAAAUUACCCAAAGGGAAAAAGCUGAGCACCCCCUCUCCAUCUUCUUCAUCCGUAUUGAGUAAGAAUGAUAAGAACAGACGUAGCAAAGCGAAGAGCGACAAUUUGAACACCGAUUUGGUAUCUUCCAGCGUUGAUACGAAGGAUAACGACAGAAGUGAUAGGAAGGCCAAAACGGCUGACGACAGUUUGAAGAAGAAGUCGUCGAAGAAGAGGAAGGGCUCCACCAGUUUGGUUUCCUCGUCGACGAAGAAGUCCAUGAAGAUGUGACGUCGCCUGGGCAGCCUCCACACCUGAAUAACUCUCACAAGGGAUGUGUGCAAUUAACUGGCCCACCGUAGGAGCGGCGCCGCAAACACAAACUGUUUUAUUAACCGAUGUUUUAUUGACGAAAGGUUGGUAUGCCACGAGUAUGCCUUUUUUUUCUUCCUUUUUUUCUUCCUUUUUUUCUCCUUUUUUUUUUCUUCUUUCUUUUCCCAUGCGCAGUGUUUUACCCGCCCCUUACACGUUUGUUUAUUAAAUUUCUCGCGGUUGACACCACAUAAUGUGUUGAACGUAUGUAUGUCUUCCUCCAUCUGUCCCCCUUUUCCGUGUGUGUUUGUGGGCAAGAGGGGGGACGCAACCACUGCACGCACGCAGCUCAUGUUUUUACCAUUUUACGAAGCGGGACGGACGACGGUCUGUUUAUAAAAUGUUUGUUCAGACAGAAGACAGAAUCGGGAAACGAUUGUCCCCCCGCUGGCGUGGUUCGUUCAGCCGCUUCGCACAUUCUGCACCUUUCGCACCUUUUCGCGUGAUUUUUGUUGUAAAGGCGAGCCGGCCCCUUGCCUCGCUGCCCCUGUGCGUGUACACAUAUGUACCUGUACGUAC